AUGUCACGCCAAAUUACCGUUUUGAUUAUCGGAGCCGGGAACCGGGGAAAGAACUAUGCCAAUUAUGCUUUGUAUUUUCCAGCACGCAUGAAGGUGAUUGGCGUUGCAGACCCUCGGGCCUUUGCGAGACAGGAGCUGCAGGAAGUUCAUCAUAUCGACGAGGGCAACGUAUUUGAUGACUGGAAAGCCGCAGCUGAGAGAGAGAAGUUUGCAGACGCUGUUAUCAUAGCAACGCCUGACAGGCUUCAUAAGGCGCCAGCCGUGGCUUUCGCUCAGAAAGGGUAUCACAUCUUGCUGGAGAAGCCCAUGGCAGUAACACCAGAGGACUGCAAAGAAAUUGUCGUGGCCUGUAAAACCUACCACUGCAUCCUUGCGGUGUGCCACGUCCUGCGAUACCACCCAGUGUCCCAGAAGAUAAAGGAACUGCUGGAUGCCGGGCUGAUUGGAGACAUCUGCCACAUCCAACGUCUGGAGCCUGUUGGCUUCUGGCAUUUUGCGCACUCCUUCGUGCGAGGAAACUGGAGGAACGAAGCCGAGAGUUCCUUUUCCUUGCUGGCCAAAUCCUGCCACGACAUUGAUCUCAUUAAUUUUUGGAUGGGCGGUAAAAGAUGCUUGAAAAUUUCCUCUUUUGGCACCCUCUCCCAUUUCACAAAAGACCACAAGCCCCAAGGAGCCGCCAGUCGUUGUUUGGACUGUCCAGUUGAGCAAAACUGUCCGUAUUCUGCUCAGAAGGUUUACCUGAAGCUGGCAGAGAAGGGUAACUUCCAUUGGCCUGUGUCAGUAGUGUGCAGCAGUGGGAAGUAUGACAUUGAGGCGCUGACCGACGCUUUGCGCCAUGGCCCCUACGGAAGGUGUGUGUACGAGUGUGACAAUGAUGUGGUUACUAACCAGGUUGUAAAUAUGGAGUUUGAAGGAGGAACCACAGCUGCUUUUACAAUGGUCGCAUUUACCGAGCAGAUGUGCGAUCGAAAAACCACCAUCUAUGGAACUAAGGGACAACUCUCCUGCAGAGGGAGCGGGCCGGUGAAAGUUUUCGACUUCCUCCAGAAGAAGAAACUCACCUUCCAGGCGGAAAGGGUCCCCUCCGUCGAGUGUUUAAGCGGCCACAAUGGUGCAGAUUACUACCUGAUGGAGAGCUUUGUUUCGGCGGUCGCUGACAAUAAUCCAUCCCUCAUUCACACAGGACCAGAAGAGACCUUAACCUCACACCUCCUUGUGUUCCAGGCAGAGAGGUCCAGGAAAGAGAACCGGGUGGUGUUUUUAGAAACAUGA